AUGCACGCGACCUCGAUCAGUGCCCCAGUGCGCACCGCAAUGAUGUUCGGACGCAUUCCCUCAAAAGCCCUCCCCUCGGUUGCAUUCCCAGCCAAUUCAACGGCAUUCUACCAGACCCUCUGCCAGGCACGACCAGCCAGUACCUCCGCACAAAUCAAGACCAGCUUCAAGGCACCAUGCGCUCGUCCCCAGGUCCAAAUGCCAACUUACCGUGUUGCAUCAAUGCGGGCGAACUCCACAGUCUCCGAGGCAACUCGCAAGGAAGCCGCCAAGCUGACCUGGAACUCAUUCUUCCAGCUCCGCGCCUCUCGUCGUCGCUAUUCGCUCGCUUCUUCGGUUGUGUCCUCGAUGGCUAGUACCUUCAUCGGUGUGCAGGUUCUUUCCAGCCAGGACCUUGAAUCCUUGGGUGCGCAGGUGAUGGGUCUGGACCCCUUCGUUGUUCUGGGAAUGGCUACCGCGGCUUGUGGUGCUGUGGGAUGGCUUAUUGGGCCCUUUGUUGGUAAUGCGGCGUGGGGGUUGGUUAAUCGGCGGUACAGACAGGCUUUCAUGAUCAAGGAGAAGGAAUUCUAUGACCGGAUCAAACGCUUCCGUGUUGAUCCCUCUUCGAACUCAAUCGCGAACCCCGUCCCCGAUUACUACGGCGAGAAGAUCGGUAGCGUGCAGGGAUACCGCCAGUGGCUGAAGGAUCAGCGUGUGUAUAACCGCAAGAGGCGCAACUUUAUCCUCUAG